ACUUCGGAAAUUCAGGUGUCUGCAGUCACUCACUCAGUACUGCACUCCGGACCACUGUGAGGACCGUUCACUUCACAUCACAGGACUGGAACUAACUGAAGAAACAGUGAAAACCACAUUGAGUCAUAAGAGCGAAGGUGCUUAUGGUGUUGUGUUUGAAGUGCACAUCUUUACACCGGUGUGUUUUCGUGAGUCGUCUGUCGCUUCCGCUUUUCCGUCCAGCAGUUUGACGCCAGAUUCACCAGGAGUCAGUAGUGAUUUACCAAAAAAGCCUACUUUGUUUGACUGGACACUGAAAGGAACAAGGGGAUAUCAAUUGUUUAUUGUUAACGUGAGUGAAUCCUACUCAUCCUAAGGCUGAUGUCCUCCAAGAGCAGCGUCUGAAACAUGGACGACCCUUUAAAGGUUGACUGAUUCCAGCUGACACCUUCAUAACUAUGCUGCGAGUCACUCGAGGCCUGAUGGCCACAGUAGCCACCAACAACCCACCGAAAUCCCCAACCCAAUUCAGGGAAUGAUCAAACCAUCCUGUCUAGGACAUACGCAUCAAGAGACCUCUUACAUACAGAACAGCAGAUACCCCAAAUCCAAUGGCAUGGGCCAAGUUCUUCAGGAGACCAGGAGGCAAUCUUGGCAGGUCUUACCAGCCAGGAUCUAUGCUGUCCUUGGCCCCAACCAAGGGACUACUAAAUGAGCCGGGACAGAACAGCUGCUUCCUCAACAGUGCAGUGCAGGUUCUUUGGCAUCUCGAUAUCUUCAGACGGAGUCUUCGUCAGCUUCCAAACCACUACUGCUUGGGAGACUCCUGCAUCUUUUGCGCUUUGAAGGGAAUAUUCUGUCAGUUCCAGCACAGCCGAGAGCGAGCGUUACCCUCAGAUAACCUGCGUAAUGCCCUCGCCGAAACCUUUAAGGAUGAGCAGCGCUUUCAGUUAGGCUUCAUGGAUGAUGCUGCUGAGUGCUUCGAGAACAUUUUAGAAAGGAUUCACCUGCACAUCGCGCCCGAUGCUGAGACUGACGCCUGUGCAUCCAAGUCCUGUAUCACUCAUCAGAAGUUUGCAAUGGCAAUCUAUGAGCAGUCUGUGUGCAGGAGCUGUGGCGCGUCGUCCGACCCGCUACCCUUCACUGAGCUUGUGCACUAUGUGUCCACCACAGCCCUCUGCCAGCAAGUCUUGGAGAGGAGAGAUGAAAGGUUUGGGGAGUUGCUUCAAGCCGCCAGCACAGUUGGAGAUCUGCGUAACUGUCCGAGUAACUGUGGGCAGAGAAUCAAGAUCCGGCGAGUGCUGAUGAACUCUCCAGAAAUCGUGACCAUCGGAUUCGUGUGGGACUCAGAACAGUCAGACCUCAUUGAAGACGUCAUCCGAUCUCUCGGACCACACCUCAACCUCUCAGGGCUGUUUUAUCGCGUCACAGACGAGCGUGCGAAGAAGAGCGAGCUGCUGUUGGUGGGGAUGAUCUGUUACUCCAGCAGACAUUACUGUGCCUUCACCUACCACACCAAAUCAUCCAAAUGGGUUUUCUUUGAUGAUGCCAAUGUCAAGGAGGUGGGAUCCAGAUGGAAAGAUGUGGUCACUAAAUGCAUCAAAGGUCACUUCCAGCCCUUGCUCUUGUUUUACUCUAACCCUGAUGGCAGUGCUGUGGUAACAGACGAGGUCCCGCAGACCAACAGCAGUAGCACCCAAAAUAAGAGCUCAGUCAAUGGAGAAGCACCAGGAACUCCUAUACUGGGUGGAAGGAAGCUGGAGCUGACGCGAGAAAACUUGACUGCUUUCUUCUCAAAUCAUGGUACUCUGAAGCAUGGUACUAAGCCUCAGCCUCCUUCUGUGUUCAGUCGAGGCAGUAACCAAACCAGCGUCGGCAGAGGACCAGUGAAGAUGAGCUUUGAACCGAUUCAGAGUCGAUUCAGGGAGAUUUUGCGGGAGCUGCCGAAAGAAGGCCGUCCCAUCAACCUUAUUAAGAAGGACUCGGAUCGGUCGCAGACGAGACAAGAAACACCGAGGCACCGGGACUCCCCAGACAAGCCUCAUUCCCGCUCGCUGUCACCUCCGGAGAACGGCUUCAAGCACCUGGAGUCACGGCUCUACAGCAGCCAGGGCAGGGGUCCGACGAAAACCGAGCACUGGCCUGUUACUAACACACACUACAACCAUGAGCCCCGCUCUCAGUCCCAGCCUCGCGUCCCGCUUCAUCCCCCCGUAGAGAGCCGCUCUCGGAGGCUGGAUGUGGCCAACGGCUACGAUACGGACAGCAGCCAGGACUCCCGGACGCAUGGAAACCCUCGCAGCCGGCCCAAUCGAGCGUGGAGGCCGACGCGAGAGGUGCUUAACGUCGACAGUGUCCUAAACAGCGAUAAUAAUCAAAACUACCCCAACGCUCGCAGACAGGCCUUUAAUCAGGACGUCGAAGAGUCGGCGCGGGGCCGAAGAGAAGAACACAAACCCAAGAGCUUAAUGACGAUUUACGAGGACGAGCAGCGGCAGGACAUGGGCAGCAGGAGCUCGCUGGAUUCAGAGGACAGGGUUAAAUCAAGCGUCACUAACCUCACCAUUCGGACGGAUAACUGGAAAAUCCAGCGCACUGAAUCUGGAUACGAGAGCAGUGACCGUCUCAGCAACAGCUCGGCAAACCUGGACUCUCCUGUGGUGGAGAACCUGAGCAACAAAGACAUGCAAUCCAUACCAGAGACAGACCUCUCCAGGGAGCCUAACUACCAAAGGAGGUACGAGGAUCCAAAGGCCGAGAUCUCACCUUCGUCCAUUAGCUACAGUGACCACCAAAAGAAAACACAAAAUCAUUCCAUGAGUCCUGCUAUUGUAAGGAGUCAAGCUUUUCGAUACAACCCUGCUAAUGUGAGGAUGGAGAAGACUGAGGUACAACGAGCACACGCGGUUAACGGGAACCCCAUCUCUCCUAAUUUCACCAAGACCAGCAGUUCAGAGUGGAACAGCUCUGACGAUCAAACCUUUGAGGAUUCCUCAUCACGAGCUGACGUUCCUCCGGUUCCCUCUCGGACUCACUCCGUGGCUCCACCACUGCCUCCCAAACCUUUCAUCCUGAGCUCAGAGAACCGGCGACGAGAUCAACCCCCACCCACCCCUCGACGUCCUCCUCGAAACGGCUCGGCUCUGUCCCAAACCUCCCUGCAGAAGUGGCAGGAGAACUCGGACGCGAGCUCCAAGUCUGGCUCCUCGGAUCCGGAGAGGUACGAUCUGUCCGCGAGUGAAGGUGAGGAGAAGUUCUCCAGCUUCCCCAAACCUGCGGCCGGCUCUCCUGUCAUCCCCAGCACAUACUUCUCCGUGGACAGCUGCAUGACGGACACGUACCGUGCCAAGUACCAUAAAAAGAGACCUGCUCUGCACGUGAUGGCUGACUCUAGAGCCGGAGAUCACACCUCGUCUGGUGAAAGUGAUUACGGGGAAAGACCAUCACCAGCUCCUUCAGAAACACACAGCAGAGCUCCAGCGCUGUCAGUUCUUGCUUCCAGUAAUAAACCCACUGCUAAAUGGAAGCCAGUUGCAGUGAAAGGCCUGGAUGAACACGGCUUCCUCUGACAGCAGAUCUCACGCAGAUAUCACAUCCUUCCCCUGAAGAUGUGUGUUUGUGUAGUAUGCAUUCAGACACAGUGCGUUGCAGUGUCCAACUUUACAUUUGCACAUUUUUAAGCCAAAAGAGAACAAUAUUAAGUAACUUAAAAGA